ACAACAGCAACAACAGCAACAACAGCAACAACAACAACAAGUGGAGGUAGCGGCAGCGAGGAAGGGCACACGAGACACGAGACCGAGACCGAGCGACUGGAGGAGGCAGACAUGAGCAGCGGACGUGGGCCGAGCAUGCAGGGCUACCUGCUGAAGCACCCGGGCAAGGGCUUUAUGCGCAAGUACAAGAAGCGGUGGUUUGUGCUGGAAGACCUGAAUGUCUCCUACGCCAAGGACGACAAGACGCCUCCGAUCAAGAGCAUUCGCUGUAGAGACAUCAUUUCCGUCACAGGCGUGCCGGGCGUACCCAUCAAGGCAAAGCGCAAGUACAACGGCUGUGGCUUUGCUCUUCACUACGAGUCGCGAGCUAUCGUUCUUCUCGCAGAAUCGCCUGUUGAGCGCGAGCAGUGGCUCCAGGCGCUCGGCAUGGCCCAGCAGAUUGACAACGGCGAGCUCCCGGCCGCGUCUGCUGGGGCAAGUCCAGACGCCGUGGGUGCAUCUGCCGCACCGAGCUCGUCUGGCUCCACUCCCACCACAAGCUCGCCUGCUACUGAUGCGAGCGGUGGGACCAGUGGAACCGCGCCGGCGAGCGAGCAGGGUGCAAGCGGUGGGGCUGACAAUGGUGACGAUGUGGCGGCGGCGGCGGCAGGGAUGCGCGGCCGGGCAGCUACAACCAAGUCGGGCGUGUCCAAGGGCGCUGUCGGGAAGCAGGCGGGCGACGUCGUCGAGGAUGAGGCCGCGCCGGGCCAGUCCAAAGUGGCUGCGAUGCAGGCGGCUCUGCUGCAGGCCAGCAAUUCGUCGAGCCGGGCCCGGCGGCCGUCGCGGUACUCGACGCGGAUGUCAACGCUGGUCUCGGACGGCUCGUCGGCGCUCGGCGCCCCGAACCAGGAUGAGAUCUUUGCCUCGAUCGAAGCGACGCUCGGGCGGACGAUGGAUCUCAUUCGGGUCCAGCUCGGGUUUAAGGGCAACCUCGAUCCGUUUUUUAAGGCCGCUGGCGCCAUGCGCGACGCCAUGCUCGAGACGACAACGCUCAUCGACACGCUUCUAUUCGCCGCCAUCGACGACGACGACCACCCAUCGCUUGACAGCGACAACGACGACGGGUACGAGUACGAUUCGGCCGGCGACGGCAACGACGCCGCUACCGGUGACGACGAUGUCGCAGACACUGCGGCUGCUUGCCCUGCAAACGCGCCUGCGGAAUACACGCCCGACGAGCUCAAGAAGCUCGACGAGGCGUACGAGGCCAUCCUCUCAUCAGGUCAGCAGCUCAUUCUCUCAUCGCGUGACACGUUCCGCACCGAUCCGCCCGUUCCGGACUCGUGGAACCGCCGCAAGGCUGUCCUGAACACCCUCCGCGACGCGUUGCUCGUCAUUGUCACCGACGCCAACCGGCAGGACUCCAUCCGCACCACCAUCGCUUCCCUAGUUGCGGCGUCCGAGGCAGCCAAGGCCAAGGCUAAGGCAUAAACACGGUACACUCAG